GAGCCACUUCCUGUUUGGAACACCAGGAGGCGGGGCCACUAAGUCCAGUUCUCAAGUACAGCCAAUAGUCUGACCCAAUGAAGAUCUUUAUUCUUCAGACAGAGUCCUUCAGACAGCCAGCAGGGUCGCUAUAACGGGCAGACGAGCUGUGGUCAUCUGAGCAUGAGCGCUGCUCCUGUGACGUCACGAGGCUCUGCGCCGUCAGGACAUUAGACAGGAGCAAACAGGAAGUGGUUUCUUGGACAACAUUCAUGUUGUAAAGCCUUCAGAAAAUGUACUUUGACGUUUGUGUCAUAAACUGAUGACGAGCGGUUCUGACAGACGCCCACAGGGCGGCGCUGUGAGGGUUCUCACUGGCCCAGCGUGUGGACCGGGUUCUGCUGGAGUGAUGCGGGUCUCGCAGGUCUCGGCCCGUUUGUUCCUCAGCGAUCUGGACUCGGCUCUGAACCCGAGCGUGCUCGUCUGCAGGAACGUCACGCUCGUCGUCAACGCCAGCGGACUGCAGGACCUGUCCUACCCGCCUCUGGAGGGGCUGCAUGUCCUGCAGGUCCCGGUCCAGGACCGGCCCCACGCUCCUCUCAAGGACCACUUUGAGCAGGUGGCGGAGCGGAUCCAGCACAACCGGGCUGGCAGCACACUGGUGCACUGCACCGCAGGGCGGAGCCGCUCCCCGGCUCUGGUCAUGGCCUACCUGAUGAGGUCUGAAGGCCUCAGCCUCUGUCAGGCACAUCAGCUGGUUCUGGAGCAGCGGCCGUUUAUCCGACCCAACUCCGGGUUCUGGCGGCAACUGAUGGAGUACGAGCUGGUUCUGUUCGGCAGGAACUCGGUGAGGAUGGCUGAGACGGCCUGUGGGGUUCUGCCAGAAGUUCUGCACAACCCGGAGGGCCCGGACUCCUCUGAAGGCUACUUCAUCAACAUGUGAGGUUCUGCUGGGUCGUCACUGACCGAACAGAACCAGUAAUGAUCAAACAGAACCAGGAAUGAUCCGACAGAACUAAUGAUGACUUGACAGAACCAGUGACAAAUAAAACACAUCCUCUGUAACGUCAAAGUAAAAGAAUACGACUGAAGUGUUUUGUGUAAAGGUCAAUGGUCAGAUGUCAGAGACCCCAGCUGGGAGGUUUUUCAAAAUAAAACUGUUUCUCCGCUUCCUCUGUGAUGGACGGCA